AUGCGGUAUGUGUUACUAUUAUCUUCUUUUCUGUCCCUGUACCCUUGGAAUGGCUCCUUUCUCAUCAGUCUUGUACAGGAAUUUUUAAUCCGUGUUCGGCAACAAGAUGGCCCUAGCAUCUACAUUGGCCGUCGUUUUGGUGAUUUUGCGAGAUUGCACAAAAAGCUACGAACUGAGUUGCCUGGGAAAAUCAUCCCUCCUCUUCCCAGGAAAAAUAAAACCUCGGUAUCAUCGUCAUUCAUUGGUUCAAACCUGGAUGACGAUGCUUCGUCCACAUCAUCUGUCAAUACCCUAGAGACAAGUGAAGGCCAAUCUACGCGAAACCUCGUUGUUCCGGGCACUCUUAAACAUAAAACUUCCAUGUCCUCGCUCAAAUCUAUAGGCUCGCAGUCGCCUAGAGCAUCGGGAGAGCUACAGGGUGAAACUGUCACACUGUACAGAGAGGAGCAACGAGUAUCCCUUCGCGCAUUUUUGAGACUGAUUCUACAAAACCAUAGAAUAGCCUCUUCCAAUGCGAUAAGGGAAUUCCUAACGGAUAAACCGAUCACGUUGAAUGAAGAGGAAGAGGUAGAUAUUGCAAGAAGAAAAGAGCUUGAUGCCAAACGCAUUGAAGAGCAAAGACGCUUUUACGAGAUUGCACGGAAACGCGCGCGUGAAUUAGAUGUUUAUAUGGAGCAAUUCAGGCAAGAUAUUGUGGAAAGAAAUGGCCUCACAAAACUAUUUCAGGAGAUUAGAGAAAAGGACUCUGUAGAAGCGUUGAGUCCACAAUAUCAAAAGUUUGCAGAAUGGCUGCGUAUCGAGGUUGCGGCUACACUAUACCACAUCUUUUUAGCUGAGGAUAAUUCUCCUGAAUUAUUCGCCCAAGCCAAACGGAUACACUCUUUGAUCCCGUAUUCGAUCUUAAAGAAUGUCAUCCGCAUUGCUAACCCUGCUGCCGUGAUGGCUGGAGUCCUGGACCUUUUCCUUGCUCAACCGUUUGGAGCUCGAUCUCUUUUACAACGAAUAUUCGCCAUGGCGAUUCAAGACGGCGUGAAAGCUUUUCAAAAGUCGGUCGAUAGCUUAGCAGCAAGAAUCGAUGAUAAUAUUCUAGUAGAUAAGCUUCGAGCAUUUACGGAAUCCGAUGAACAGGUGAAGAAUGAGCUCCGUGGAGAGGCAGAAGCGGAAAGCGUUGAUAUAGUUGUGGUGAUCUUGCGGUCAGAACACUUCGAACCGGAAUUGACUGUACGGCAAAUCGAGAAAGUAUUCAAUUCUUAUGUCGCUUGGGUGAGCGCAGUUGAAAGUAUUAAUGAUCCUGAGAUACAGCAAGGUGCUCAGUGGUUUUCAUACCUAAAGCAGCUUUUGAAAGUGCUUACGAGGCAAAGAGAUAAAAUGAUGAUGCUUAGUAUUAUUGAAGAGCCUGUGACCCUACAACUUUUCCGUGAUCUAUUCACCAUCUUCUACGAGCCCCUGGUCCGUGUUUACAAAUCUGCCAACGUCUAUAAUAGCAUCACAGAUUUUGCAGAAUUUGCAAAUGAUGCUAUUGCUGUCAUUGAGCGAGCUCAAAGACAAGAUGUUUCCGCCGAUCCAAACCAAACUGUUCAGUCAUUCAUUGACCUCUGCACCCGCCAUCAGCACAGUUUUUAUAAAUUCGUUCAUGAAGUUCAUAUCCAUGAUAACGGACUGUUUGCAUCGCUGAUGACGUGGUUGGAAGAUAUUCUCAAGUUCCUUCGCGAGGGACCAGAAAGUGGAGGCACUCUUGACAUGAAUGCACUCUUCCAAGGAGCCGUUUCUGCUGGCCAGAUUGACAAGGACAUCGCGAUCGCUGAGAUUGAUGCCCUAAUCAAAUGGCAUUCAGACAGAAAGAAAUGGCACCAGGAUAAAACCCGGCAGAAGAUGGCCGCUGAAGGUGUUCACGAGCAGAUUCCAGGUACUUCUACGUUUAAAAGCAGUGACUUUGGGCUCCAUGAGGUAAGAAACUCUGUGGCUACCUAUAUAUGUUCUCUUGUUAACAUUUUUCUUCUAGGGUGA